GAUCACUCUCGCGAGAGGAGAAUGCAUCGCACUAGCUAAGACGUCCAGGCAUGCCGGAGAAAGAUCCGUGUCAAAAACAGGCAUGUGCUAUUCAAAAGUGUCUGCAAGCCAACAACUACUCGGAGAGUUUGUGUGAGAAUGUGAUCCGAGAGAUGCGGCGGUGCUGUGAAGCUCAGGCCGGGAAAUCCAUCUGCUGCUCCGGGUUUAGGGAGUCCAAACCAACGGGGAACAAGAGCAACGCAUAAAAACAUCUCAAUCAAAUGUCAGU